AUGGCCGCCGGUGACGAUCUCACGCUUGUGCUACCGAUAGCUCUAGGCGCGGCGCUGGUGAUCCUUCUGGUCAUAGCCUAUUGCCACUGCAAGAGAAAGAAGCAGCAGACGCCCGCCGACGUUGAAGCCGAGCAAGAGCUCAUGCGCAACGAUCACCUUGGCAACCUCAAUGGCCUCAAGCGCGGCGACAUGGAAGACCUUGGCGCCGAGAAGACCAAGUGGUCGUGUGGCAUCUGCGGCUUUCACAACACGGACGAGAAGCAAGCGUGCACGCUCUGCGAGACGCGCCGAGGUAUCGCACUGGCGUCGUCGGCCACCGUCACCGAGCGCACGAACACGAUCGAUGUUGUGCAGCUCAACGCGCUGCAGCACGCCGCUUGGACGCGCGCCAUGUGGCUGCGCACGGCGCCGUCCGAGGCAGCGCCGACCAGCGUCUGGGCACUGCAUCCCGAGUUUACCGCGCUGUCGACGACUGCCACUACGUACUACACGUACACGCUCGUCCCACUUCGGGACCCGUCGGUCGACACCACGGCCAGCGACUCGGACGCUGCAACGCCAUCGCCAACGACACCUGUCGCGCUCGAGCUCGUGUGUGUGACACCCUCGACGACGCCCGCCACGGUCACGGUCACGGGCGAGACGAUCCCAGACUGGUAUGCGGUCCAAGUGGCGCAACUCCGGUCCUUGCCCUUCUCGCUCAAGUACGCGUGGAUGCUCGAGCAGAUGGCGGCGUCUCGCUCGCCUUCUUGA